UACUUAACAUCAUAGAGAAAUAAAAAAAAGCUUAACAUUUAACCAUUUAACCUCACAAUUCGUUAAAUUAUCUAAAAGUAAAAAAAAAUGGAAGUAAAGCAAGAAGAAAAGGUCAAAAUUGAAAGAAAUGGUGUAGACACUGCAGUUAAAAUUGAAAUUAAAGAAGAAUUACUUGAUCUUCAUGAUCAGCAACACGAUAUAAAACACUGUUUAGAUGGUAGUAAUGAUUUAAUUGACAUACACACUAAUGUUACACAAUAUCAACAAAAUGAAUGUGAUGCCAAUUUAUAUUUAUUUGAAACAAAUCAAUUAGACUCCAAAAUAGAUAUUGAAGAUGUAAAACAUAACAUUCAUAAAGGCACUUCAUCAAACCAGGAGAACAAACAAGAUUUUUCCAACGAGGAGAGAGAGUCGGAGAUUACAAAAAGAAUACAGGUUCGCUCAUUUGAUAAAGAACAAGAGAGACAUUUAAACGCUCACAUUGAAGAAAAAUCUUAUGAGCGUGAAAUUUGUUGUAGGCGAUAUACUAAAGCAGGUAUUCUGAAAAAACAUGUAAGAUUACACACUGGUGAAAAGCCGUACAAGUGUAAAAUUUGUUUAAAGCAAUUUAGCGUAGCAGGGAGUUUGAAAACGCAUUUGAGAGUGCACACUGGAGAAAAACCUCACAAAUGUGAAAUUUGUUUUAAGCAGUUUUCUGUGAAAGGUCAUUUGAAGAGUCAUUUGAGAACUCAUACUGGAGAAAAACCGUACAAGUGUGAAAUAUGCUUUAAGCUGUUUCGUGACUCAGCUACUUUGAAACAACAUAUAAGAAUACACACUGGGGAAAAACCUUACAAGUGUGACAUUUGUUGUAAGCAGUUUGCUCAAGCAGGUAGCUUGAAAAUACAUUUGAGAGUACACACUGGAGAAAAAAACCACAAGUGUGAAAUUUGUUUUAAGCGGUUUAGUGUAGCUGGUACUUUGAAACUACAUAUAAGAAUACACACCGGAGAAAAAACCUAUAAGUGUGAAAUUUGUUUUAAGCAGUUUACUCAAAUAGGAAAGUUGAAAGAACAUAGCAAAACGCACACUGGGGAAAAACCUUACAAGUGUGAAAUUUGUUCAAAGCCAUUUAGUCAAAAUGGAAGUUUGAAAAAGCAUUUAAGAAUACACACUGGAGAAAAAUCCCAUAAGUGUGAAAUUUGCUUUAAGCAGUUUUCUCGAGUAGAUAAUUGGGAGAGGCAUAUGAGAGUGCACACGGGAGAAAAACCUUACCAGUGUGAACUUUGUUUUAAACGAUUUACUGAAAAGGAAAAUUUGAAAGUACAUUUAAGAGUGCACACUGGAGAAAUGCCUUACAAGUGUGAAAUUUGUUCUAAGCGGUUUGCCGUAGCAAGUGCUUUGAAAACGCAUAUGAGAGUGCACACUGGGGAUAAACCUUACAAGUGUGAAAUUUGCUUUAAACAGUUUACGCAAAAAUGCGCUUUAAAUGUACACACAAAAGUUCACACUAGAUAAAAGACUUAUAAUUGCGAAAUUUGUGCUAAUAAGUUUAAUAAUGCUAAAAACUUAAAAAGGCCUUUAAAAUUGCACACUGUAGAAUAACCCCACAAGUGUAAAAUCUGUUACAAGCAGUUUACUUAUAAAAUUUUUUAAUAAUAGAAUAGAAUAGAAUAAUUACAAUAACGAUAUGGCAUUUUUUCUUCGGCGAGUUUAAAUAAUAGUCAGUUCAAUGUCACUUCAAUUAAAAGCCGAAUAGAACAAGCCCGAACUGCUUUUGUAAAAAUGAAAAACGUAUUUUGCAGUCACGAUCUUAGUAUUGACCUCCGAGUUCGAAUGACAUAUUGCCAUCUAAAACCUAUCUUUCCUGUUCUACUCGAUGGAGUAGAAGCGUGGACUCUAACUGAGGCUAUGCUUAAACGCUUGACAGCUUUUAAGAUCAGCCCCGUCGAGAGGGCGGUGACCCCGUCGAGAGGGCGGUGACCCCGUCGAGAGGGCGGUACAUUUUACCGGGACCUCUGAAUUGACCAGACCAAAGACGUAACUUUUCCCGUUUUUUUGCUCUUUACUUUAUGUGCAUAAUUUAUAUCAAAUAAAAAAAUGGCUCAAGAAGCCUGCGAGAUUUUUUGAUUAUUUGCAUAGUCUUGGUAGUGAAACAACUGAUAAUUUGAGCCCGAUGCAAUAUUUCGCUGUAAAAUAUUUAAAAAUGUAAUAUAUUGAUGACAGCAAUAUUCAGAAAAAAAAUUGAUAUAUUGCGUGAGUUUUAUAACGAAGACAUCAGUGAAGAAUUGAUAGAUGAAAUUUUUCAUUUCAGAGCGAUAUACAAUGAUAGCAUUCGUGAAUCAAUUAUUUACUAACGUCGUUAUUGCGUUAAGAAUAUUUUGCAUAUUACUGGUGACAGUCGCAGAAGUAGAAAUAUUCUUUAGUUGUCUUUCUCCCAUAAAAAAUGCUAUGAGAUCUAUAAUGAAAUACUAUGAGAUCUUGAAUACUUUGGCCAUGUUAUGAGAGGUGACAAAUACUCGCUGCUGAGACUGAUCAUCCAGGGUAAAAUCAGGGGUAAGAGAAGUAUCGGCAGGCGCAGAAUAUCUGAGGGAAUGGUCGGGUGCAGUUCCAUCGACCUAUUUAGGGCGGCCGCCAGCAAAAUAAGAAUAGCUGUGAUGAUUUCCAACCUCCGAUAGGAGAUGGACUUUAAGAAGAAGAAGAAUGAAAUAGGAUCGGUUAACUGGCCUAGCAGCUUUGUGCAUUGACAAUGAUUUGGUAAAAUCAUGCGAUUUUUCAAAAAUUAUAGACAUCUUUGACAAUCAAGAAAACUCAAAAAGCACUGUGUUAUAAAUAUUUUCAAUGUAAAUAUAAUCAAAAUUUAAUAAAAUUUAUAUUUAAAA